UGACCACAGAGAGGAGAUAGAGUGUUGAAAAAGACUUAAUCAAGGUGGUUCUGAUGUCUAGGUCAUGAAGUAUAACUACAACUGAAGAGGAGAGUUGAUGGUGCACCUAGCCGGACGCGCAUGCGCCUAACACUGCUAUGACGAACUUUGACCGUUCUAACUUUGGCGGAGUAUACAAAUUUUGUCGUCUUCGCUUUGGCGUGGUGUUGGUGAUCAAUCAUGGCUAGUAGAAAGCCGUUGGUUCCUAGAAACCGUGAGAUAGGGAGAGAAUCAGGGAAACCAGCAAAAAAGGAACGUUACCGUUUUGCACUUUUGAGCAAAGCGGCACUUGUGGAGCAAGUCAACAUGAUUCUAGGGCAAAUGGAUGCCUCUAUGCCACGGAUUAGCAUCACAGAAGAGGAUCUUACCAACCCUACGGCUUUCAAGAUCAACCAAGUGUACUAUGCCUGCUUUGUAGAGGUGUUUUGGUGUUUCGCCUGAUCUAGCACUCAGCCCCAGUUUCAUGGUGGAUCAUCCAGAGUUAAUGGAAGAGUUUUCGGCAAAAGUUCACUUUUCCGGCUAAUGAAAAAGCUGAUGGAAAAUUGUGCAGUUCCAGAUUUCCGGUUGGAGGAUAUUGUUAAUACAGAUGCUAAAAGAACAUGCCGCAUAUUAAGUGCAAUUCUGAAUUUCAUCAAAUUUCACGUUCACAUGGCAAGAGAAGGUCAAGAACUGGAAGAGGUUAUGGGUCAACAAUUGAGUGAAUUAGCCUCGGCAACACAUCGAAAUGCAGAGCUUAAGCAGAAGCUGGGAUCCAUGCAGUGAGUAUCAACAACAACCAUGUAGCUCGUGCUAUCCGUCUAUCACAACCUGUUUAACAGACGGCAGAAACAGGAGGAACGGGAGCACGAAGAAGAGCUGGAAAUGAUAAUAGCUGAGCAGGAAGAUCUUAUCCAACGAAGAAAGGAGCAAGAGGUUACACUUAGACAGCAUCUUCAAGAUGUAGAGGAACAACUGCAGAAAGAAACACAGAAGAAGGCCAUUCUUGACAGUGGACUAGACAAGUCUUCUCAGCGCACCGAGGACCUGCGGAAACAAAUUGUUACUUCACCAGACAAACUGAGAGCUCGACUGGUAAAAUUGCAACAAGAAGUAGAAGAAAUAAAGAGUGGAACCCAAGACUCUGACAGACUGAAGAGAAUGUGGGAAUCUCUUGCUACUCGAGCACAGCACAUACCAAAUCAUGUUUUGAAAGGGCUUGACGAGGACAUGGAGGCGCUCACGAUGAAAACAAAUAAAGCAAGUGAUCUUGAGAGCCACUUUACUGAAGCAAUAGAAGAGAAAAUUGCCAGACAAAAGCAGACACUUAAAGAAGUAUCUUCUAAAAACCAGAAUCUUGUCCGUCAUCUAAAGUUUGUUGCAAAAGAAGCCCAUGAAGUGGCCUAUGAUGACCAGAAGAUGUUGUCUUCACAGUCGUCAAAGUCGGAACUGGAGAGGGAUGUAUACCAGUUACAGACCCAAGUCCAUGCUCUUCAAGUCUCAGAAGAGUUAUUUGCCCGAAAGAUGGACACAGUCAAGGAAAAGCUGGAGAUGAUGAGAACACAACAUGAAGAAAGAUGCCAGGAGGCACAGACGGAGAUUGACUCCUUGGUGUUAGCUGUCCAAAGCUAUGUGGAAAAGUGCAAUAUGACUUCAGUAGCACUAACACCAUAGGUAUACUCGAUUGUUGUUUGUUCCUUGCCCUGUGAUUUAAGGUCUGUACAACCAUCUCUCUUUCCUGGCACCACAGUGGUCAAUCACAAGGACUAAGAUA